CCAAAAUCCACGCCGCGUUCCUCAAUUUCGAAGACAAUACAGCUUCAUCCACCCGCGUACUCGACCGUUUGAACCCAUCAAUCCCACUAUUCUCGCGCCCACACAAACACGUCCACUAUAUCGGGAUUUUUAUGUUUGCUUCCCGCCAUGUAUUAUUUAGAACUUAUUUACAAUACCUAAUUUAAUACAUUCAACAACUCCAAGUCCGCACUUUGCUCUUCCAACCUCUUUCGCUGUUUACAUUCCAAUAUUCGUGAAACGCCACGAACCCAUUUAAUACAUACACUGGAAGCUAGCUGACCUCGACCAUGGCUUCGCACGACGUACGCGACGUGCUUAAUCUACCACUCGAUGGCGGUUCGCGACCCGCGAAAAAACUUAAGACUGGUGCCCCGCGAACGAAUUUAAAGGGUUUAGCAAGAGAAGUGCAGAACUUAGGAGGUGAUAACCCUAUCGCAAUUGUACCGGAGCUAUCCGCAUUCAAGAAACGACGAUUCGGAAGCCGUAAACCAGCUGCGCGAUGGGAGUUGCAACCCUUCCGCAACUCGGCGCGAGGUGACCAAUCAUUACAUCUACGACACUGGAGAAAGCAGACGGAAGAUCAAACAAGACUUCAGGAAGGACAAAGUGGAGAGAAUGGAGCCGACGUGGAGACUAAACCGGAACAGUUAGAGGACUCGGGAUUCGCCAAGUUCAAUGUGCAGGUCGAUAUUCCCCAGUACAGCGAUGAUCAGUACCAGUCCAACUUAAAGAGCGACGAGUGGACGAAGGACGAGACGGAUUAUCUAUUCGAUCUUGCUAGACUUUUUGAUCUUCGAUGGCCGCUCAUAUGGGACCGUUACGAGUACCAACCUAAGCCCGAGAAAGUGAUCAACGGAGAUGGAGGAGAGACUACUGACCCUAACACCGCAGUAGUUCCCGCGUCUAAGGUGCGAUCAUUAGAAGAUUUAAAAGCCCGAUAUUAUGAAGUAGCAGCGAAGAUGAUGGCAGUCCAGAAACCAGUGCAAUACAUGACGCAAGCAGAAUUUGCUUUGCAUGAAGUUAUGGCCAAUUUCAAUCCGAACUCAGAAGCACAGCGCAAGAAAUUCGCAGCAGACGCGUUAUCUCGAUCUAGCGAGGAGGCCCGAGAGGAGGAAAUGCUACUCAUCGAAGUGCGAAGGAUCCUCGCUCGUCAAGAGAAGCUAAACCAAGAACGUCGCGAGCUGUAUAACCGCCUGGACUACCCACACCAAGACCAGGACAUCAAUGCCUUCAAAUCUAGCGCUGGCUUGCAGACCUUGCUCCAGAACCUUAUGAAUGUGGACAAGACCAAGAAGCGCAAGUCCCUUAUGGAAGCCAACGGUGCCAACACGCCCGCUUCCGCACAUCCCUCCGCCCAUCCUGCCAACUCCACGCCCAUAUCAGAAACCCGUCGUGAGAGCAUCGCCGCCUCUACUGUCACCGCCGGGCACCGUGAUUCGAUUGGCGGGGGUGAGCGACCCGAACGUCCAACGAAGAAGGGUGCACAACCAGAGCGCAAGAAGCUCACCGAACAAGAAGAACAAAUAUACGGGGUUUCGCAUCACGAUAGGCUACCAUCUGGCCCAACCUUCCGAUACGAGCGCAUCAAUAAGAUACUCACGACGAAGAGCAACGCCCAGCACCAGCGCAUCACGAACACGUUGGCAGAGCUAGAUAUUCCGAGCAGAUUAAACAUGCCGACGCGUGCCGUCGUCGAGGAGAUGGAGAAGCUGCUCAGUGCGAUCGGGGCCCUGCUAGACUUAAGAAAGACUAACGAUAAGGUGGAUGCGGAGAUUCGACUAGAGAGGGCGAAAAAGGCUGAGCGGGAUAGGAAGGAGGGGAAGGUUCCGUCGACGGAUGAGAAGACUAAUGGCGAUAUUAAAGGGGAGAAGGAUAAGGAUAAGGAUGGUUUAACAAAUGGAGACGCUGCUGCUAGUGCUGGAGAAGACAAGACGAAUGGCGACGCACCAAGUACGAACGGCGAGAAUGCGGAUGCAGACGUGGUCAAGAAACAGCUCAACGCAGAGGAAAAGGAGAAGGGUGCGAGACCUGGAAGUAGCAGUGGGCGAAAGCGGAGUUUAAGCGUGCUGAGCGGCAUCAGUGAUAAGAGCGCUAAGAGGCAGAAGAAGUGAGGGUCACUACAGAUAUUGCAUCAGCACCGGCGUUGAUAUCGACGGCCUGUGGUAUUAGAUAGGUGCUGAGUUAGUACAUGAGUCCAAUCAAGCAGUUCAAGAUGAAGUCCCGCGAGGGAGUGCGAUUCAUAUGAAGUACGGCAUUCGAACAGAGAAUGGGGAGAGGAGAUGACUACGAUGCUGGGUAGUCGGUUAUUGUUAGGAACUUCGUGGUUGGGGAUGGGGGAUAUGGGUGGAUAUGCCCCUGUAUACCGGCUACGUGUAUGUAUGAAUGAGGCUGCGAUGGCUUUAAUCGACACAUUGCAUUGCUAUGAAAACAUAUCCUG